AUGUCCAAUAUCCGUUACAUCGAAACUCUAACUCAGCUCAUAGAUAUCAAUACUUCCUUUGCUGAUACUCAGCAUGUCACUUCCGUUGAUCGGGUCAUUCGUGCAGUUGAUGUCGAGAAUACCACCAACGCUACCGACUACACAUCGCCUGACUCUGAAUCACGUGAUGAUGAUCUUUCUAUCAAUCCUAAUCGUCGGUUUUUCAAGUUAACAUUGCAGGACGCCAUUGGCAGUAUAUGCUACGGCUUCGAGUUUGAAUCUUUGAAGUUCUUGCAUGCCAAUAACUCGCUUUAUCCGGUGCCUCUUGGGUCGAAGCUUAUAGUAAAAGAGGGACUUACUACCGUCACUUUCGACUGCCUCCAAUUAACAAACCUCAAUACAGAAUAUCUUGGUGGAGAAAUAGACCGCAUGAACUUCCAGCUAUACGAAAGAGAAUUGUCCAGGCUCAAGAAGGAAAUAAACUACAAAGGAUAG